AUGAGCGGCUCCCAAUCUCUCCUGUGGGCUGUGGAUAUUUUUGGGAGAGUGUACACCUUAUCCACCACCGGCCAGUACUGGGAGCUGUGCAAAGACGGGGAGCUGGAAUUGAAGCGGGUUUCGGCCAUCAAGCAGUGCUGCUGGGGACUCGCCUGCGAUCACCGAGUCUACGUUUACGUACACGCUAGUGACGUCCCCAUCCGGUUCAAAGAGGAAACCUAUGAGAAUCAGCGCUGGAACCCGGUGGUCGGCUUUUGUGACAGCCUGCUGCCCAGUGACCGCUGGCCAUGGAGCGACAUCAGUGGGCUGAAGCAUCUGCAGCUGGAAAGCUUUGCCCUGCCGUCGCCUCACUGGGAGUGGGAAUCUGACUGGUACGUGGAUGAAAAUUUUGGAGGGGAAGCCACAGAGAAAGGGGGGUGGACCUACGCCAUCGAUUUCCCUGCCACGUACACCAAAGACAAGCGCUGGAAUUCCUGUGUCAGACGAAGAAGGUGGACUCGGUACAGAAGGUACAAAGCACGGGACACCUGGGCAAAGAUUCCACCCCAUCAAGAUCCGAAGCAGUUGCCAGAUCCGUUUAAUGACAUCUCCGUGGGAGGCUGGGAGAUCACCGAUGAACCUCUGGGUCGACUCUCAGUCUGGGCCGUCACUCUGCAAGGCAAAAUCUGGUACCGGAAUGACGUCACACAUCACAAUCCUGAAGGAUCUUCCUGGACCUUAAUACCCGCUCCGGGCGAAGCCAUACAGAUCAGCUGUGGACCCUACGAUCUCCUCUGGGCCACCUGCUGGGAAGGACAGGCGAUCGUGAGAGAAGGGAUCGACCGAAACAACCUCCAAGGAACCUCUUGGACCCUUGUGGACCCACCGGUUGCCGACAAUGGGAUUUCGCAUGUGUCUGUUGGGGUGAACGUGGUCUGGGCUGUCACGAAAGACAGAAAAGUGUGGUUCCGGCGGGGCGUGAACUCCUACAAUCCUUGUGGCACCAGCUGGAUUGAGAUGAUUGGUGAAAUGCAGAUGGUGGACGUGGGCUUAAAUGACCAGGUUUGGGGGAUCAGCUGCGAGGACCGAGCGAUUUACUUCCGCCAGGGCGUCACCCCAAGUGAGCUGAGUGGGAAGAUGUGGAAAGCAAUUGCCUGCAACCGAGAGAGCGACCGAUCUCAAACCGGCAGCUCCACCAGCCUCCUGAGCGCUGGCUGCUUCUUUACGGAGGACAUCAAAGAGCAAAGCCCCUCCAUUUUUCAAAGCGAUGGAGACUCCCAGACUGAGUCAGAAUCCCUUCCGGAUGAUGCUGGACCUGGUCCUGAUGCCACUAACAGUCCCCAUCCGGUCCCGGAGCUGGAUAUGGACCCGCUAGCCAAUGCUCUGGAGGAAGCUACAGCUGGGUCCGAUGGAGACCACCGAGGUGCCCCAGAUAAACCCCUCCCCAGUCUGGACUCGCCUCCGCCCAAGCUUCAGUGGACCAACAUCGACUUAAAAGAAGCCAGCAGGCCGUCCAAAGCAGCAGCCGGCCUGUUGGCUGAGACCUCCAGCUUGUCUUCCUUCUCACCAGCUGGGAUCGAGAACCACUUUGUGACCGAUGACCUUCCCCUGUGGACCUGGGUCUCCAGCAGAGGCUGCCUUGUGGACGCACAAAGCGCCCUCAAAUGGUUCACGCUGCAGUCAGCUUUGAACUCCUGCGCUCAAUCCUUGACCCUCUCCAUCAGCCCCAGUCAUGCUGCCCAGUGGAGGAAGCAGAUCUUCCGACAGCUGUCGGAAAGGACUCAUCGAGAGUUGGACAACUUCAGACAUUACGAACAGGCGGUGGAACAAUCCGUCUGGGUCAAAACCGGAACUUUGCAGUGGUGGAGAAGCUGGAAGCCCUACCGUUGGGUUGACGUGCAGGUGGCCCUGGAACAGUUCACUGCCAACGACGGGACCCGGGACAGCAUUCUCUUUAUCUACUACACACACAACGAGGAAAAGAAGUACAUCCACAUGUUCCUCAAUGAAGUGACUAUCCUAGUUGAGAUUCUGAAUGAGGCCAAACAUUCUUUUGCUCUCUACACACCGGAGAAGACUAAACAACGGUGGCCCAUCCGCCUAGCGGCAAGCACCGAACAAGAAAUGCGUCAUUGGCUGGCACUGCUGAACAUGUCUUGUUGUGAGGGCCGGCAGCUCCAGGGCCCCCCUUCUCAUGAAGCCAUCUGGUCGCUGACCUGCAAAGGCGACAUCUUUGUGAGUGAGCCCAGCCCUGACUUGGAGGCUUUAGCACACCCGAUGCCUUGUGAUCAAAUGUUUUGGCGCCAAGUCGGAGGACAUCUGCGCCUGAUUGAAUGUAACAGUGACGGCAUCGUGUGGGGAGUAAGUUAUGACCACACCGCUUGGAUUUACACUGGUGGAUACGGAGGAAGUUUUUUGACGGGGCUGGCAGGCAGCACUGAGAACAUUCACACCCAGACCGACGUGAAGAGCGUCCAUAUUUAUGAAAACCAGCGGUGGAAUCCUGUCACGGGCUACACUAACAGAGGCCUGCCCACCGACCGGUAUAUGUGGAGCGAUGUGUCUGGCUUACGCGAGUGUACCAAAGCGAACACCAAGCCUCCAUCGCCCCAGUGGAGUUGGGUGUCUGACUGGGCUAUCGAUUUCAGCGUUUCGGGCGGGACUGACCGAGAAGGUUGGCAAUACGCAGGCGAUUUUCCCGCGUCUUAUCACGGCUACAAAACAAUGAAGGACUUCGUGCGCCGGAGACGCUGGGCCAGGAAGUGUAAAAUCGUCACAAGUGGGCCCUGGCUGGAAGGGCCUCCGAUCGCUUUGCGAGAUGUUUCUAUCAUGUCACAGCCUCCUGGCUCCAAGGAAGAGUUUGUUCCUCUCUGGGGCAUCAGCGACAAGGGAGACGUGCUCUGCCGGCUGCAGGUCACACCCCAAAACCCAGCGGGCACCUCCUGGCUGCACGUGGGAACAGACCAACCCUUUGUAUCAGUCUCCAUAGGAAUGUUCCACCAAGUCUGGGCUGUUGCCCAAGAUGGAUCGGCAUUCUGUCGCGGUUCAGUCUCUUCCAAAAAACCAGAAGGCGAAUGCUGGUACCACGUCCCUUCACCUCUGAAGCAGAAAUUAAAGCAAGUCUCCGUGGGACGAACGGCUGUGCUGGCCGUGGAUAAAAAUGGUAAUUUGUGGUUUCGUGCUGGAAUCACACCAAGUUACCCUCAAGGAUCUAGUUGGGAACACAUUUCGAACAACGUCCGCAAAGUUUCCGUUGGACCCUUGGAUCAGAUCUGGGUGAUAGCUGACAAAGUCCAAGGGAGUCACAGUCUGAGCUGUGGAACUGUCUGCCACCGGACCGGAGUCCAGCCUCUGGAACCAAAGGGGGUCUCUUGGGACUACGGCAUUGGGGGAGGAUGGGAACACGUCACCAUACGAGGAAACGCAACCGAAAGCAUCAAGAUGGCAGCUCGGGAUGACCCAAGCAGCUCUCCUCCUGACCUUAGUAGCUUAGAGGUUCAUGGAAGCCACCAGUCACAAACAACCGUUUUUGUAGAUGGUGUCCAAGGCUUGGACAGAAACGCUGUCCAAUGUUGACCGGUCUCUUCAAGUUUCCACCUCCGGCUCAUUCCGUGUGUCCUAGAUCAUGGAAGCUACACCGAAGAGUAGACUGGUUUUCGAACACUCGCUCCGAGCGGGCAAAGA